AUGAUCGCAGACCCAGGCACUACCUUUAACAACCUAGGUGCAACCCCUAUGAAGAAUCCUCUAACUCCAUAUGUUCUUUUUAUUCUGAUAAACUCGCUUAAUAUGCUCGACUUUCUCGAUCCAAUGAUGUUGUUUUUAUUGUUUUGUAUGUCAACGCUUCCUGCCUGA